AUGGCAACCCCAGCUCCAUCACGACGCGAAGAGUUCGUCUACAUGUCGAAACUCGCCGAGCAAGCCGAACGAUACGAGGAAAUGGUGGAAUUCAUGGAGAAAGUCGUCGCCGCCGUCCCCGAUUCCGACGAACUCACGGUGGAGGAGCGAAACCUCUUGUCCGUAGCUUACAAGAACGUGAUCGGAGCACGGAGGGCGUCGUGGCGGAUCAUAUCGUCGAUCGAGCAGAAGGAAGAGUCCCGUGGAAACGUCGAUCACGUGAAUGCGAUUAAGGAGUAUAGGGCGAAGAUUGAGGCGGAGUUGUCGAAGAUUUGUGAUGGGAUUUUGAAGAUUUUGGACUCGAGGUUGGUGCCCAGUGCGGGUUCUGGGGACUCCAAGGUGUUUUAUUUGAAGAUGAAGGGGGAUUACCAUAGGUAUUUGGCGGAGUUUAAGACUGGAUCGGAGAGGAAGGAGGCGGCGGAGAACACGCUCAAUGGCUAUAAGGCAGCACAGGAUAUAGCAAAUGCAGAAUUGGCUCCAACGCAUCCAAUCCGCCUUGGAUUGGCUCUGAACUUUUCUGUUUUUUACUAUGAAAUCUUGAACUCUCCUGAUCGAGCAUGCAGUCUAGCAAAACAGGCUUUUGAUGAAGCCAUCGCGGAGUUGGAUACGCUGGGAGAAGAUUCAUACAAGGAUAGCACUCUUAUAAUGCAGCUUCUUCGUGACAAUCUGACUUUGUGGACCUCAGAUAUGCAGGAUGAUGGGGGCGAUGAAAUUAAAGACGCAACCAAGCCUGAGCAGUAGUUGCAUUUUUCACAUUAGUACUUUGUUUCUACUUUUUCACUUUUUGAUUGAAGAAGUUGUUUGCAAUAACAUUCUAGUGUAUGAGUUUUUAGGAGUUAAGUGCCUUGAUUUUAUGAUCUUUGGUAAUACUGAAAUUUGAUGUUUUUAUUGUAAUUCAUGAGAACAGGAAUACUUUUUAUUGAUUGAUUGCCUUAGUAUCCCAGUUGUUACUACAAUUGUGUUUGGUGUCCUUAGCUCAGACUUUGGAAGGUG